GCACAGUUCUGUGAAUUUUUCCUGCUUUUCGAAAAAGAAGAUUGUUUACAAAAAAUGGCUGAUUACUCAAUCACCUUAGUCUUAGAUUUAUAGAGUUAUAGAAUUAAGCAUCUGUUAAAAUCUACAAUACACAAGUGUUUUGAGUGCCUUCUAAUGCAAGAUCACUGUUAAUUUCUAACAAGAAUGUCUUGUCGAAGACAAUGGAGAAAUUUUCUCAAGAAAAGAGUUUUCAUUUUUAUCAUUGUUUUGACCAUGGUCAGUAUCAUUCUCAUGUACCAUGCGCUGUGGUCGCACAACACGACUACCAAAUAUGAAGACGUUCUUCUUUCAGUUGGUCAGAAACAGCGCUAUCAGCCAAAACACAGUGAACAAAAAGAAGUAAGGAGAAGUCAAUCAGACCAUGGGUUGAAUACCGAUCUGUAUCAGAAUCUGGUUCCUUUAGAACUUGAUGCCUUGCAGAGUAGAGACUUGCUUGGAGCCAAUGUGAAAGAGGCCCUAACCAACCUUCUUCUUGGCCUGUAUCCCCUGAACUGGGCCAAUGCCCCAGACGCUGACGAAAUGGCGCUGGAGGUGAAGCACACCUUAUUAGAUUACGGUUUUGACAGCAACAUGACUUGCAAAGACAUUGACAGUCUGCAAAUAAGUGGAACCAUAUAUGCAUCACGGUCAAAGUACAUUGAUCAGGGUGCCCCUGGAAAGAGUAGGCAUGGCAGCAGUUACAGUUUUAGGUCAGAUGACGUUCAGGAAGAUAACUCGUUUUAUGCAGUUAGAAGUGUGAUUGGGGAUAUGUCCACUAAAGUGGCUUGCUUGAAACAAAUUUAUGAUGUCGACUUGUGUUCAACUAUGGGAGUAUACAGACUCCUUAGAGAGGUGCUUCUAUUAAGCACUCUUCACCAUCCCAGUAUAAUUAGGUUGAAUGGCUUUUGUCUACGAGGCAGCCGCAUGUCGUCAAGAUUGCAAGAUAAAGGUGCUAUCAUUGUGACUGAGAUGGGUGUGCAGAUGUCGCAAGAGAUGAUAUACUCUUCAACAUGGGCUCAGAGAGUCAAAUAUGCUCUCCAGUUGGCCCAUCUACUCAAUUUUAUGGAUAGAAGCCUGUAUGGCAGUUUGGCAUUUUCUAAACUUGACCUCAAGGAUUUUGUGGUUGUUGGUGGACAGACUAUCAAACUGACUGAUCUGGAUGAUAUUGAAGUUGGCGAGAAAACUUGUACUAAGGAUUCUGAGUGCACUGUCUCAGAAUUGAAUAAAGGUGUUGCUUGUAAAAAAGGUAUCUGUCAGGGUUUGAACUCUAUGAACAACUUGUACCUGGCCACAGAAAAAGUUCUCAUUCCAUUGCUCUAUAACCCAUCAGGAAAAGAGGCUACUGAAAUAUUGAAUAGCUUAAAGGAACAUAGCCUUAAUACUACAACUUUGGUGUCAGCCCUAACUAGUGUCUUCAAAUCGUUGCCAAUUGAUCAGUUAAUGAAGAAAUCAAAUGAUAGAAGCUCAUUUGGUAACAAAGUGAAAAGUCAAGAUGUGAUUGAAAUGAAUAAAGAGAAUUUAGACCAGGCGCUGGCCUCAUUUGUCAGAGAAGACAAGAAAAACUAUCCAGGUCUGUAUGACUACUACUGCCCUCAGUCUCGUGUCAAGUGGGGAUGUGUGAUCAAUGUCAGAAGUCUCUUGGAGGCAGCUAAUCUGUGUUUGGAUGACUUAAGCUGUCAGGCCUUCAUCACUUUCUCACUUCACCCUGAGACUGAAAAGAUAAUGACUAUAGUGUUGAAAAAUCAGACUGAUGACAAUCCUUACACAUCUUCUGGAACUACCCUAUUCCUGAAACGUACUGUUUUGAAAAGUAAAAAUAAUGUCAAGCAGUCUGAUGAAAAGGCCGAAGCCCAAGAAGAAUGGGUUGCUUCUACUGAUAUACGUAGCUGUGUUGACUCAGUCCGUAACCUUCAAGAAUCUGCAAGAAACAGUCGGGAGUCAAGACUCAUGACACACCUUGGACUGAAAAAUAUUAGGGAACAAUCUUGGAGAAAAUCUGCCCUUAGUCAGAAUCUGGAGGAACCCAAUCGUAUAGCUCGACUAGAAAGUGGGGGAGGUAGGUUUCAGGCAAAUUUGGUAGACGACGGAGAAACUAACAGAGCUGCCGCCAAAGUGACCUUCAUUGCAGAGGAAGGACCCAAAGCUUAUCAUAAAGCUUAUGCCAUAUUGUAUCAUCUUGAUCGUCUGCUAGGGCUGUACCAUAUCCCUCCUUGUGUGGGUAAAACUCUGUCUUCCACCACUGUAGAAACAUUUAAGGGCAACAUAGCUUGGGGAAAUAUCUUCAGAUCACUCAUACAGGCUGAUGGUACAUUGAAAGGUGUCAUGGUUGUGCCAACACCUAAAGUGAUGAAGAUCAAUAAGCUGACCCUGAAGCCCAGAACUGCCCUCAUUUCAGACAUAGUCAUUUUUGACCGUCCAGAAAAGUUGCAGCUGGAGUACAUCAUCUUGUGGUGGCUGGGGAGAAUGAACAUUUCUUUCUAUGAACAUCUAGGCUUUAAAGGUCACCUAAUACAUUUCUCAGCAGAUAAAGCUUUCUCUGCUACAAGUUUGGACCUCUCAGAUUACAUGAAUUACUGCCAGUUCCCUAAUGUAGCCUACAAGAGCCUUGGCUGUUUUCGGUGUGUGUCAACAAAUGAUUCCAAGAAAGUUGUCUCCAAGAUAUGCGGCUUGGGUGAUGAGGUUUUGAAGCAAGCUCAUUCUUUGUUAGGCGACGAGGCUGACAUUGUCAUUCAUGAUUUAACAGAGCUUGACAUCACCAAGACAAUUGACUCUGCUGCCUCAGAUAUGCUGUCAAUUAUCGAUAAAUGUGUCAAGAUCCAUGGACGUGACUCUGUUUUAUAUUAGCCCAGCUGCCCAGUAGCUUAGCAUGAAGAUAGCAUCAUUUUAUUUCCCUAUUUGUGUGUGUGUGUGUGUGUGUGUCUGAGUUUUGGGGACUCAUGAAACUUUGCCGUUCUGUUAGGGUUAAACAGAAUGUGAAAGGACAUUGUUUUGCUGUUGGCAUAAGUUUCAAGUUUUGUCAUAUUUUGUUGUUGUAUUCAUAAUGUGUCAAUUUUGUGAUAAGAUCAACCUUUUUUUUUAUAACAUUGAGAAUUGAACUUGUGAUCAUAACAUAAUUUCUUUUUUACUGUUUUUAAAAGUAGUUUAAAACAUUUUACUGCAUAAUACUUGUUCAUAUUAAAGAUCUUUUUUUUUGCCAUAUUGACAAUGUAUCAAAUAACAUAUCUGUAUUAUAGGCUCAUUUUAAUUGUUGUUUGAAAUAUCAGUGUACUCGAGUGACAAUUUAGUAGCUUCUGUUUGUAUGCAAACAUCAAACCCAAAGAAGUUUGGAACUGAACUGGACAAUCAAAAAACAAAUUGUUCUAAGAUAUUUUUAUGUCAACAUUAGUUUGUAUAGUUAGUUGUUCAUUGCUUCUUUUUGUGUUUAUUUGUUUCUUGCCUAUUGUUAUGUUCAUUUGUUAGACAUACCUGACAAUACGAUAAUCAGAUAAUCAAACCGUCAUUGGCAUUGAUUUAAUUUACACAUUUUAUUUGUAUAUCAUCAUUUUUUACUCAUUUGUCACACAUUUAUUGUUUCCUUCUUUUGAUUUUAAUUUGGCAAUUUUUAGUAUUGAUUGAUAAGUGGUGUGUUAUAAUACUAAAUAUUAUGGUAUUAGCCCAUUGUAUUUUUUAUCGGAAACCGAUGAUAUGUCUUUCUUUCUUUCAUAAUAAUCUUAUUUCUUAUUUUGAAAGUCAUAUUUUUUGUUGAAGUUGAUUUUAAAAGUACUCAACGCCAAUAUUUUCUCUACCUUUUUUUCUAAAAACAAUUGUUUAAUGGUCAAGGAACUUUUUGAAGUUGGCGAUAGAAAGAAACAAUUUAAUAUGUUUUAUAACAAUGAUUUGAGUUGAUUUAAUCUGGUGCAAACAAUUUUCAAAUUGACUAAUUAGGUCAAAAUGUAUUAUUUAUAACAUUAAAUAUGUCAUUGCUCAUUUUCUUUAUAAAAUUACAGGAAGAAAAAAAAAACUGGUAUUUUUUUGCACUCUAGAAACAUCAAGUAUUUUCUGCUAACCAAUGAAUUUUAAAAUGUCAAAUGUAAGCUAAGACAACAUUCUAAAUCUUUUGUAUACCCAUCCAUUGCACUUUCACUUUACCUUGAUAUCAGCUUGACAAACUCAUGAUGCAUUUUCACAAAAUACUAAAAAAAAUUGAACUCUCUAAUCCCAAAUGUUUCUGAUUUGAACUCUUGUUUGAAACCAGGUUGUGAAACGUGAUGUUGUUAUCUGCUUUCUGAUUUAGCUAACUGAGACCAAUGGAAAGGCAGCUUUUAUAGGCAUUGUUGACUGUCUAUUAUUAUACUAUCUGACUACUCAUUUUAUUUGGAAGAAUGAGAUUCUGAGAACCAAUUUGUCUUAUAUAAUUAAACUCUAUGUCAAUCUUUUCUCUUUUCUUGAAGUAAAUCCUUGGACAACCCGUUAUCUUAUUUAUUUCAUCCCUGACAACCUAUUUUUUCACAAAUACAACCCCUGUGCAACCCAUUUUUUGUAUUUAUGAUAACUUCCAACAUCCUAAGUCUUGUCUGGUAGUAGUUCUUCAUAUCAACUUACUAAAUUGGAACCUCUUUUUUAAGGUUGGAUUCAAACACAAUCAUUUAAGAAACUGCCUGUGCAGCACAUUUAUAUUUUUUAAAAACAUUCUGUCCAUUCCAAGCUCUCACUAAUUCCUGGAUGAUUCGAAAUGAGACUUUGUUGAUGUAUGUGUAAAAGCUAGGUCUCAAAAACAAAAUCUUUAUUGAUCUUGUAGGCCACUUGCCCAAUCCUCAUUUUUCAUCACUGUCCAUGUUGGUAAUUUGACUGCCAUGUGUGAUGUGGUUUCAAUGUGUGACUUGACCUUAGUUUGUGUAUGCCUUGAUUUUUUUUUCAUAUUACAUAAUUGUAUUUAUUUUGCUCAAAUGUUUAUUUGUUUUAAGAUGCUUUUGUUUACUUGCUUAGCUAAAUGAUACUGGUAUUUCAAAAGUACGACUCAUUCUGAUGGCAUUUGAAGUAGUAAUUAAGUGAUUGACAAAAUCAUAUCAAAAUUGUACAAACCAAAAUCAUGAGAUUGACUUGAUGUUAUAUUUUAAUCUGGCUGUACACAUUUGUUUUUUAUAUUUUUUUAUGCCAGGCUUGGGUUUCCCUUAAGCUCGAGCUGGGUUUUUGCCCCAUGGUUGAUAGACCACUGAUGUUUUUAUUUCAUCCCUGUAUGCUCAACUGAAUGAUUGUUAUUGUUGUUUUUCUUUUUAAUUCAACAUUGAGUUUUAGUUUUUCUGAUUUUAAGUUGAAUAUGGAAAACUCUUCUAGUACUUACAUUUAAGAAAUUCCAGAAACUAAUUAACCUGUGAAUAUAUGAAUCCGCAUGGAAAAAAAGCUCUGACAAUACCUAAGAGAAAUCUAGAGAUGAGUAGCAGAAUUCGCAAUAUCAAUGUCAAAUCAAGACUCAAAGUUCCGAUAUGUCAAUGUCAGGACUACUAGAUUUGCUGUUUGCCUCUUUCUUUUAGGAAGAUGCAGUGGUAGUGCUAAUUCAAGAUCAUAAGAUACUUUUACAUGGUAUCAGAGCUACUUACAAAAGAUAACAGCUACAUACAAAAUAUAUCUGCUACAUACAUAAGAUAUCAGUCACUUACGCAAGGUAUCAGCUACUUACAUAAGGUAUCAUGUACUCACAGAAUGUGUAAGACAAAAUCAUUACUUGCAAAGACUUGUAUGUGUCAUUACAAAGUCAUUAAUAUUACAUUGAGUCUGGUGUCUUGGAAAAUUAUAUUUAAUUAAAGGCCAUCUAUUGAAUGUAUACUAGUAAUUCCCUAAAAAAGGUUAGCUUACAUCUCAACAACUUCAGAAAACAUGAAUAAAAUAGCUCUCGACAACAAGUUUCAGAAUAUAGAUCCAGUGUAUUACAGACAAAAGUAUUAAGGUUUGCAUGUAUCACAUUUUAAUAAAUGCAAGCCAUUUUUAUUUUACCCUAGUCCAUGAAGUAAUCAAAAUGUAUAAAUCAAUUUGAUAUUUGCUCAUUGAUUCCCACAUUAAUUCAUGCAGCUGAUUUAAAAUUCAAGUGAGAGUUGUAUUGUUUCAUUGUUUGACUUAUAGUCAUGGUCUGUUUUUUUGUUUUUUAACAUUCUAUUCUGUUUGGUUCAUUGUGCAUGUUGCUUGCUACUAACACUGCAUCCUAAGCCAAAAAACAACCUUUGAUCACUUUUGUUUCUCUUUUCAUUUAGUUCUCUAAUAGUUGCUUCUUUAUCUGUUCAUAUUAUUUAAGAUAACCAGAGAAUGAAAGAGAGAGAGAGAGAGAAAGUAGCUUUUUAAAUUUCUUUUUUGAGAGUUUGUUUUAAAACAUUUAAAUCACUCAUAUUAUUUAAAAUCAUUGUUAACAUUAUUUGUACAUCUGUUCAUUUUUUUAUUUUUGGUUAUCUUUUUUUUUUUUGUUUUGCUUGUUACUCAGAUACGGAUCUUAAUGUACAGUAUUUUCCAAGAGGUAUUUCUAACAUACAUUGUCAUCACAUUGUCAGCUAGUUUUUCUUAAGACUAACUUGUCUGCAUGCUUUAUAAUAAUUGGGCAUAACAAAACAAGACAUUCAUCAUUGCACAGAGAGUGAAUCAAAAGAUUUUCUGAUCAGUUUGUAAUGUCUCCCCAAAGUUGUGAGGGAGCUAGUGAGUGGCAUCCUAAAAAUAUUUCAUUCAAGUUAUAUGUAAACAAAAAUUUUGACUGUAUUUGUAUAUUGUACAUUGAAAUGUCAUGAGUUAGUCUCUUUGAUCUUGUACUGCCUGCUCAUGCGGUAUGCACAGUGGACUAGCGCUAGGACCCUCGAUGGUCCUGGGAUCAUAUCCUGCUCACUACCCCCCAACCCCCUCUAUCGUCCAGUGGGAGAUUUGGACUAGGAAGUAGAUUAUCUUCAACUUUGAAGUUAGACUGACCAAUACACCAAUACACCUCUUGACUUAGUACUGUUGUGUGUUAGUCUCUCGACUGUAGUUAUGAUUGUUGGUCUUAUUUAUGUUACUAUUUGUUACUCAUAUUGUAAAAAUUAAUCUUACAUAUCUAACCUAGAAACUAACUUUUUUUUGAAACUGUGAAUUAAUAUCCAAAUACUAACAAAUAUAUAUUUUUUUUAAUUUAUAUUAAAGUAGAUGAUUUAAACGUAUACUUAACUAUAGGAACUGUCUAAAAAAAAUGAAUUACUGGGUGAGGAAUAAUUUUGAGAUAACCAUAUUAAUUACUGUGGAUAUAUUGAAAAGUAAUGGGUAAUAACUAUAAAUUUCUUAAGACUAAAGUAAUAAAAAUUUAACUGUGAGGAAAAGAACUUUAUCUCCACCAUAAGUGAUCAAAUACCGUUCAUUGUCAGCAUACUUAUUUUAUUUAACUUUCCUUUUAUGUAAAAGGUUGCAGUAGUUUCUAAGCUUUCAAAUAUAUGCAUAUCUAUUAAAUUUGACAAGGUAUGUCUAUACAGACCAAUUUUGAGAAUGCGUUGUGGAAGACAGUGUAGUAAAAUAAAAUUACAAAUGCAGAUAAUCAAUAACGUACAACACCCUUUCAUUUAUUAUAAUUUUUUUUGUGUGCAUAUUAUUUCAUUUUGUGUACUUUAAAAUUCUUUUGAUACAUUUGUAGAAGUGUAAUAAAUGUAAUAUGCUGAAAGUUUUUAUGAAGGCUAAAGAUGUCUUUUCAAAAUCAUUGCGCCCUACUGGUUUUCUUUAAUUGGUGAAAGAGUUACUUCCUUUAUUUGAUUACCUCCUCCCCCCCCCCCCGACCACCUGUACAGUUUUAUCCCAGCAGAUGCUUAGCUGUUUCAUCCAUGAAAUGUAUUCAAUUCAAACUUUUUGUUCUUUUUUCAUUUUAUCUCAAAUCUUGUUGAUAUAAACAACCAAAAAAAAAAAAAAAACAGCUGAAAAAUAAUUAUGCAAGUUGUGUCCAGCCGACAGUAUGCAAUGGUGUAUUGUCCAGUGUGGUCUUUCAGUGAUCAUCAUGGCAUUGACAUUAGUAUGUGUUAUGUCCAGUAGGGUCUUUCAAUGUUUGUAGUGCUGUAUCCAGAAGAGAAAAAAAAAAGAAAUAAACUUAUGAAAUUUUGUGUGUGUGUGUAUAUGAGUAAAUUAUGCUACUUAUUUGUGAUUACUGAGUAACUUGAGGCGAAAAAAUAUGUAGUUAGAUGCAUAUGUUUCACUUCAGCUUUUUGGAAGUGUGAAUGUUUUAAAAUUAGAUUUUUUAUAAUUUGUACAUUAUCUGAAUAUUUUUGGCAUUUUAAUUUCUGCUUUAUGUUCGAUCUAUAAAUGGUUGUGAAACAUAGACAAAUACUCAUAAUUAGUGUGCAAAACAUUAGAGUUUGAAUUAAAAUGCUCUGAUUUAGUGUCCCCUUUGAAGCUAGUACAGUUUGUAUUGCUAGGACUAAGAUUGGGUGUCCUGUUAAGUCUAGGAUAGUAUGCCCUCUUGGUCUGAUGUAGUUUAGUUUUGUUCUUCUAAAGUUAAUAAUAGCUAAGGUUUUUGCUUUCUUGCAAAAACAAAAAAAGUUGCACUUCAGUAACAUGGCUUCAAAUGACACUGUAAAGAACAUUGUUCUCUGGUAAUCUCUGGUAUUAUAAAACCUUGAAAUUCAGAAGGUCUGUUUAGAUGUGCAUGUAGCAUUAACUAAUACUUAACUCUCUAGAGUCCUUCCAUUUGUAGGAUAUUUUUCUACACAUAUACUCAGAAGUAGCCCUGCAGACAUUGUGUUCUAUGAGACAGAUAAUAUAAAGCUCAUCUGUUUCAGAUGGAAACAGACUCUACACAAAGGGUGGAGUUGGGCUGAAGACUUGACAACAUUAGCGCAUAUUUUCAGUCAAAUAAUUUUUUAAAUUCAAAAAUUUAACCAACAAAAAAAACAACCCCUUACUAUGUUAAUUUGUUGUUUUGUUUUUCUAAAUGUUACAAUUUGUACUUAAAAAUAAGAAUUCUGGAUCUUGAUUUUAAUGGGAAAAAAAAGGUUUAUUAUACUUCAAUUAACUAGACUUUAUUGGCUUGUGUAAUUGACAUCAUUUCAAUCUGACUAGGAAUUUAACUUUAAUCUGUGUGUUGAUUUUAUUGUUUGACAAUAUUCAUUGUGCAUGAUAACAUGAGCGUGUGGCUUGUUGUCAAUGUGUGAUAGCCAUAUUGAACUAUAUUUCGAGGAAUGCAAGGAGUUUGGUGUUGUUUUACUUUCCUUUGUGAUAUGCAACUCUUGAUCAGGUGAGUGCCUUCAGACAAAGACAUUUUCUUUUUUGGAAGGAACUUAACAUUUUUAUUUUUACUGGAACUGUUAAACAAAUAAUUACUGGUCUUUGAGCUCUACACUCACAACCAGUAGUUUCUUCACAGAAAAAUGUAAUAGAGACUUUAUUUGCUUUAGUUCUAUUCAACUUGUUUUACUUGAAGUGGUUUCAUUUCUGUUAUUAUGUCAUCCUUGUUAGCUAGCAUUCGACUUCUUUACUACUUCUAUAAUAAUAAGGCUUGUCUUCAAUUCCGAAGAUAAAUGAGGAAUGCAGUAUUUCCAGUGGCUACACAGCCCCAGCUGUGACAUACAUAUAUUGCCACAUCUACCGCAGGUAUAACCAUUGUCCGCCUGUGGCCGACUCUCAAAAAAAAAAUGUUUCCAUAUGUCAGUUUGUUUAAGCUGUGACAUGAUUUUGAAGUGUGACUUGAAAGAAGAGUGAAAAAUAUUUGUUUCCAGUGAUGUAUUUUAGUGUUGUGUAUUUAUAUACUAUUUAACAAAUGUUACUUUAAGAUUCCAUUUUUUUUCUUCAAUUUUUGGCUUGUAUUCUGUAAUAUGUAAAGACAAGCCAAUGUGGUAAAUUUCAUUAGUUUGAUGAACUCAGACAACAAGAGUUUUAAUUUGGCUUUUGCUAAAAGUUUUCUAGAAUUAUCUGUAGAACUUCUACUCUUUUGUUUAUAAGGUUUGGGUAAUUUUUGUAGUUGUCUAGAUUCCUGAAAUUUAGCAUUCAUUGUCAAAACUAAUUGGAGAUAAAAGAGUACCAUCGCUUAAAUCCCUUGAUCUGUCACUCAAAAAAGAUAAUCACAUUGUAAAAGUUUAAAUUUACCAUGUCAAUUGUUUCCUGUACAUUCCAGUCGUUUCUUCAUGUUUUCUUUCCUUAGGUUUGUAUAUACCGGUACUGAACAUGUGUAUUGGCUCUAUGUCCUAUCUAUGUAUAACCAACUCUCCGCGUGUAAACAUAUCCAGAUAAACAGUUGGAGUAUAUUUAUUCUUUUGUUAUAUUCAUUACAUUAGACUGUACGAGAACGUUUGUUUAUAGUUUUUGAGCAAUAGAAGUUGGCAAUGGGGUUUUUAGUAUCUAGGUGACUCUAAUUACCGAAACAAAACGAAGUGUGAAGCCAUCUGUUGUACCUUAUGUCCUGAAAGGAGCAGACCAGCUUAGUUGUCAACUUCCCGUGACCAUUGCCGCUGAAUAAAUAACUUGAGUCAUGUUGGUGAUGACCCAUUAGAGUCGACUGCGCCUUACGAGGCUGACACGUAGCCAAAAGUACAGAGGAAUACGAGUAAUGUCAGUCAGGCUUUUGAUAUGUGGUCAGUGGAGUCACCAAAUCAAUCUUUGUCAUCCGGUGGACAGCAAGAGUCUGAUAAACUGUGAACUUAUUAGAUUUGUAUAAAUCAAGGGCAUUUUAAAAAAAGUAUAAUUCUAACAAGAUGAGUUUCUUGGAAAAAUCAACUAUUCAAGGCUACAAGAGAAACCUUCCCAAACAAGGAUGACAACUCUACUAGAAAAAAAGUAUGAUAACUUGCCAAUGACAAUGUAAUGAAACAUAAUUGUCCCAAACAGGUCGACUAAGACUUGUUUUUCUUCUAAUGGAUGCUGACGAUCUCUAUUCACUAAAUACCACACAGUAAACCAUUGUAUCAAAGGUUUAUUGUUUGAGACUUGGUGUUGAACUUAUUACAUAAAACUAGAUAUCGUGUGUAAUACAUUUUGUGUAUACCUAUAACCAAACUGUCCUUCUUCAUUUACUCUCACCCAUCAGAAAUAAACUUUCUUUGUUUGGUACACAU